UGGAGCCAGAGUCGUGUUUGGUUUGGACGAUGAGAAGACCUCCACCAAAGAGAAAUUACUUGCCAAACUCGGUGAAUUGAAAAAAGAUAAAUCUCGCCCAGAUGAGUGUAAAACAUACACAUGGGAUGCACUGAAAUUGGCCAGGGAAAGUGCGAGUCUCUUUGGAGGAGUAGAUAAAAACAGUAAACGAGAGAAAAUAUUGAUGCUUAUCACAGAUGGUGUACCUCUUGACAAACAAGGCAAUAGAAAGAUAAAGGCUAAUGAAACGCUCGCAGAAGGAAAGGCAAACAAGAAAGCCGGCAUAAAAACUAUGGUUUUCACAGUCAAAAACAGUAAUGGUGUCUUACCUUCUAAAGACUUUUUCGAACAAUUGGCAUACUCGGUGCGUUGGACGUUCCAAGUCGAGAAUGAAUUGGUUGAAAGCUUUAAAAUCAUUGUGUUUCCUCGGCUGGCCAGGUUUACAUGUCAGUAUAAAUGUCACGUGCCGAUCGACCUGAUUUACGUAAUGGAUCGAAGUAUAAGCAUAACGCCACCAAACAUAAAGAAAAUGAAAGAGUUCUACAAAGUCAUAACCAAGUCAUUUUCUAUUGGCAACUUAUUACCCAAGGCUAACCCCAAGACUUCAGUCGCUAUGUUGAGCUACAAUAGUGAGGUCUACUUGCAUUUCACGGGUUCGAAUUGUUCGGACACAGCAUGCGUCCUUGAAAUGAUAGAUGGGAUUCCCGAGACUCGUGAAGACUUUACUGUUACGAACCUUGCCCUUCGGGAGGUAGAACGAAUCGUACCUCUGUAUACGAGGAAUGGUAAAUACGGUAUCCGACCUGUGGUGAUUUUGUCAACCGACGGUAAUACUUGGCCAGUCGGUGCCAAUGACAUUGCGUCUUCAAGACUUUCAAUUGCUGCAGCUGAUAGACUACGCGCUUGGGGUAUUGAUACAGUCGUGAUCGCUGCACCCAACCACAAAGAGAACCCGGGAUUGGAGGAAAUGAGGGGCAUCGCCAGUCACUACGUGUUUAACCUGCAGAGUAAUCUAACUUCCUUUGAUGAUCUAAUCCCUAUUGCCCCAAAAGUUGUGAAACUCAUUUGCGACAAGUAUAAACCCAACCCAGAAAACGAGGUAUAGGUGAC